AUGUUUUUUAAUAUUUUAUUUUUUAGCAAAAUGGGCAAAAAAACUAAAGUUGGAAAACAGCGAAAAGAUAAAUUUUAUUUUUUGGCCAAAGAAGCCGGUUUUCGAUCACGUGCUGCUUUUAAAUUACUUCAAUUAAAUAAACGCUUUGAAUUUCUACAAAAAUCCCGAGCCUUAGUUGAUUUAUGUGCAGCGCCUGGAGGAUGGCUGCAGGUGGCAGAACAAAAUAUGCCCGUUUCCUCUCUGCGUAUUGGUGUUGAUUUAGUGCCUAUUAAACCAAUUAAAAAUUGUAUUACACUCCAAGGAGAUAUUACCGAAGAAAAGACUCGCCAUGCUGUCCGUAAAGAACUCAGCACUUGGGAAGCUGAUUGUGUUUUACACGACGGUGCUCCCAAUGUUGGAACUAAUUGGGGACAUGAUGCUUUCCAACAAAAUUGUUUAGUUCUUUCCGCUCUUCGAUUAGCCACACAAAUAUUACGUCGUGGGGGUUAUUUUAUCACAAAAAUUUUUCGUUCUGCUGACUCUCAAAUGCUUAUUUCUGUUUUUGAAAAACUUUUUAAAAAGGUGCAUCAUUGGAAACCUGCUGCAUCUCGUUUAGAAUCAGCUGAAAGUUUUGUUGUUUGUGAGAAAUAUUUAAAACCAGACAAAGUGGAUUCAGAACUUCUUGAUGCUAAAAAAGUUUUUUCUUCACAAAGUGAACAAACAGAAAAUGUUAAUUUACAACGUUUGCUUCUGCAUCCACGUCGAAAAGAUAAAAAACCGAAAGCUCUCGGAUAUGAAGAUAAUAUAGAAAUUAGUCAGCACCGAGAAUUGCCUGCUAGUGAAUUUAUUUCUUCCAAAAAUUCCCUACAAAUUUUGGCUAAAGCAUCUGCACUUGUUUUGGAUUCAGAAAAAGAUGCUAAUAGUAAGCACACAACUGAGGAAAUUCGUGAAUGUUUAUCAGAUUUGAAGGUUUGUGGACCUGCUGAAAUUAAAAGAAUAUUGAAUUGGAGAAAGAAGUUAAUAGAAGAACAAAAAAUGGCAAAGAAAAUGGAGGAAAAGGAUGUGGAAAUGGUGGAAAAAGAUCCAUUAGUUAAUGAAAUUGAAGAGAUUGAGGAAGAACAAAGUCAGGAGAUGAAAGAACUUGAAGAAAUUGAUGAACUUAUAAGGAAUGCCCAAGCUGAGGAGAAAUCACAGCUUAAAAAAAGAAAGAAAAAACUUUUAAAAGAAAAACAAAAACUUAAUGAAAGAAGAAAAUUAAAUAUGAUUCAUGAUGGAGAUGAACCUACAAUUGGAGAAGAUUUUGAAAUUUUUUCACUUAAGACUAUUCAAAAGGCUGUAAUGAAAGCAAAGGCUAGAGCUUUAGCGGCUGCCGACGCUGUUAGUAGUGGCAAAAAUAUAAUGGUGGAUUCUGAUAACGACCUGGAAGAGGAUGAAGAUAAAGAAGAAAAUGAUGGAAGUGAUGGAAAUAUUUCUACAAGUGAUGAUGAAGAUGAUGAAUUGGAUGCACAGAACUUUACUGAAAAUCACAAAAAACAAACUACAAAUCUAGAGAAUAAUCAAAAGAAGGACGAGGACAUUUUAUCUGAAAAUGAAUGGAAUGAUGAUAAAAUGGAGAAUGAUGUUAAUGAAGAAAAUGAGGGUAAUGAAAAUUCAACUCAAAAGAAAAAACUUACACCUUUACAGCUUGCAAUGGGUGAACAAAUGAUUUAUUCAAAAAAGCGUUCUCGUGAUAUUGAGGAUUGGGCUUGGAAUAGACAUACAAAUAAUGAUGAGGAAUUGCCUGAUUGGUUUUUGGCAGAUGAAAAACGUCAUAAUCGUCCGACAGAAUUACCUCCUGGUGUUGAUUUUUCUCGAGUUCAAUUUUAUGCUCAACGAGAUCCUCCAGUUAAUUCUCGUUCUGUGAAGAAAGUUGCUGAAGCAAAAAUGCGUAAAAAGAAAAGACAGCAACGGCGAUUGGAAAAGGCUAAAAAACGUGCUGAAGGAAUUCUUGAAAAUGAGCAAAUGGAGCAUGUAGAGAAAGUGAGGGAAUUAAAAAAACUUUACAAAAAAGCAGCUAGACCAGAAAAGAAGGAAGUUAAAUAUCAAGUAGUUACAAAAGGAAAACGUGGAAAAAUGACAAGACCAAAAGGACCUUUCAAACUUGUUGAUCGAAGACUUAAGAAAGAUAAUAAAUCAUUAAAGAAAAAGGGUAAAAGUGGAAAAGCUGGGGCAAAAGGAAAAAGACCAUCAAUGAGGACUGGGGGUGGUGGUGGGCCAAAUAAAAAGAAAAGAAGAAAUUAA